UAUUUAUGUGUAACUACAAAAGAUAAACUAUUAAUUAAAUCGUAUUUGAGUGGUGAAGAUUUAGAAGAAAAAUACACAUGAUUUUUUUAAUUAGUUAUAUGACGACGCUAAAUAAAUUUUAUUGUUGACAUAUUCCUGGACAUAAUAUAGUAUAAGAAAAUAUAUCAUUGUAGGUUCCACAGUUGUGAAUUUGAUGGAUAAUAUCAUCACUGAAGGGCAUUCUAUUUCGAGGCCACCAUAUUUCAAUGGAAGAAAUUACACCGAGUGGAAGGAGCGUAUGAAAAUAUUCAUACAAUCCGUUGACUUCAAGCUAUGGCUUCUGAUAAAAAAUGGACCAAAAGUUCCAACAAAGCUAGUAGACAAUGAAGAAGUGGAGAAAAGUGAAGAUGAAUAUGAUGAAGAAGACAUGAAGAAUUUGGAAUUAGAGGCCAAAGCAAAAAAUAUUUUACAUUGUGCCUUGAAUCCAGAUGAUUUUGAAAUAUUUUCAGAGGGUCCAAAAACAUCCAAGCAAAUGUGGGACGAGCUUGACAGGGUUUUCCACAGGGAAAGGACUGGUGACAACUCAACAACUCCACAAGGACAACUCUCCAGCGAUCCAACGGCACCAGAUACAAGUCAAUAUAACUCUCCUGAUCUUUACUUUUUACAGGAAACAAGUACAAAACAACAAACACCAAUUCAUCGUUGGGUAUUAUACAAGUUGAGGGAGUACUGUUAUACUAAAAAACCAAAUAUAAACGUACUGAAAGACUUAGUAGGUGGAGUAAACAUUAGGUUUGUUUCAGGGGAAUCCAUCAACAAAUUUCUGGAGCUUUGUGUGCCCCUUCACAAGCUUGCUCUAGAAGGCAAUUGGCAAGCAGCCAAAGUCAUCUUAGGAAAAGAUGGUAGACUGAAGCAAGCAGCAAUAGCAGAUGGUUGGGCUACACUUCUGCAUGUUGCUGUAGGUGCAAACCAUGCUCCCUUCGUGAAGGAGCUGCUGCAAGAACUCGACAACGGUCAAUACAUUUCAUUGCAAGAUUACCGGGGCAACACUGCCUUCUGCUUCGCUGUUGCAUCUGGAAACAUGGAAAUUGUUCAAUUAUUGAAGGUAAGAGAUCCACACUUGCCAACAAAAAGGGGUGGAAGUGAUUAUAUCCCUAUUCAGUUUGCUGCGAUGCAAGGAAAAUGCGACAUGACACGCUAUCUGUACGACAUCAGCAAAGAAGCGUUCCAGGAUACGGACAAGAUAAUGUUGUUCUUUACUUGUAUCAAGACCGGCAACUAUCGUAAGCAUUAA